AUGCAGCAGGUCAUCAGCGUGUGGGUUCGAGAUCCACGCAUCCAAAAGAAUGACUUUUGGCAUGCUUAUAUGGACUAUGAAGUUUGUUUGCAUACGGACAGCGUGUUCUUCACUAAGAAGAUCUCAAGAGUGCGAAGGAGGUUCAGUGAGUUUGUGUGGCUUCGACAAAGGCUUCAAGCAAACUCCAUGCUGAUGGCGCAAGUGCCCCAGCUUCCCCCGAAGAACCCCUUUUUCAGCUUGAACAACGCACAACAGAUCUCUGACCGCAUGGCGGGCCUCCAGAGCUUCUUGGAACAGAUCCUCAAGAGCCCGCUGCUCCUGUCGGACAGCUGCCUGCACCUUUUCUUGCAGUCGCAGCUCAGCGUGGCCAAGAUGGAGGCCUGCGCCGCGGGAAGAACGCGCUACUCUGUAGCUGAGGCGGUGCAGUGUUGCAGUGUCAGGAGGUUUCUGUCCCUAGAGGACUUGCAGAAGGAUGCAACCUUGUCCGGCAACUCUGACUCAGACAUCUUCGAGUGCAUAAGCAAGGCAUCAUCUGAUCACAUGCGGACCGAGCAGGAGCCAAGUGUCUGUUGUUCCUCUGAUUCUCUAUGA